UCGCAUCCUCAAUUAAUUGGAAGCUAGAUGAACCAGUUCGCAAUACCAACUUGAGGUAUGUAAGCAGGAGCGUGGCGAGAGGAUAACAAUAAACUAAUCCGUGAUUUCAAAUCGGUGGGAUUCUGAGAGAGCCGAGUUAAGAAGGCACUUCAAUACUGUGGUUUCAAAUCGGUGGAAAACGAAUAGACAAUGAAGGCCAUUAAAGACAGGAUUGCUAAACAUGGGAACGACCUAGACCUGCAUGACGAAGACGACGAGGUUGUCCGCGAGAUCCCAAUUGAAAUGGUUGAUGAAGAUUCUGAUCCAUUUAUAUCAGAAAAAGUAAAGUCAACAGCACAGAGACUACGGUUUGCUUCCAUGACUUUGUUUAGGGGUACGGUGUCAUAAAAUGUGAGGACAGGACUUCAUAAAAUGGUCUUCUAGAUUUUUUGUCCAAGUACUACGUAACCAGUUCGCGGAAAAAUUCGGAUGGAACUAGAUAUGAGGGAAAAGAGAGAUGACAUUGUUCAACCAAGUGUCCUUCAAGAAGCUAAUAGACUACGAAAGGAAUUAGACAGUGUUCGACAUAUGUUCGUUGGAGUUCGAAAAAAAAUAGAUAAUGUUCGACAUCAAAUCGAUACUCUUCGAGAAGAAAUCAACGUUUUUGUGGAAGAAGCAAGAUCAAUCGGACAUAAAAGUCAUUAUCAUCAAUAUCGGCAAAUUUAUCGGCAAAAGGGUAGUGGACUUAGGGAUGAAGCUGAUAAAGUUCGAGGUGAAGCUGAUAGAGUUCGGAGUGAAGCGGAUAGAGUUCGGAGUGAAGCUUAUGCUUUCCAAAGUACUCUUAGUUAUGAUUCAAUUGCAGAUAAGCGUGAAGCGCAAAGGGUUUAUGAGGAAGCACGAAGGGUUCGGGAGGAAGCACAAAGAGUUCGCGAUGAAGCACAAAGAGUUCGAGAUGAAGCAGAUGGGGUUCGAAACAAAGCAUAUAUGAUUCGAUGAGAACGCUUUAUUAAUAAUCAACCAGAAUGUUUAUUUAAUAACAAAAACAAAUUACUAAUUGUUUGGGCCUUUUGUAAUUUCUCAUUACUUGGUUGGCUUCUUUGUAAUAUUUUAUAAAUAUUGUGUACUCCCUCCGUCCCAUUUAAAAGGCUCCCACGUGGUUUACGAUGUUUGACUGACCAUAAAAGUAACUGACC